CUGUCGUCGGUAUUAUUGGAACAUCAAACUCAUGCAAUUUUAUAUCUUUAUACAUAGAUAUGACCGUGGUGAACCCACGUCAAUCUGCGUCUCCAACCGCUGACCAGAUAGAACUGGUAUCAAGAUAUAAAUCUCUUCCAUUUGAACUGGCAAUACAAAAAAUUCAAGCAAGACUCAUAUGGCAAAAGGAUCAGAAAAGACAAAAGGAACAUGAGAAACGUAAACAAAUGAUGAUAGAGCAUGAUAAUCGCAAAAGAUUGGCGAAAGAUAAAAACAGUGACCAUAGAUUACAAGUUCAUCCAUCGAAACAUUAUAGUCCGAAACCAGAACCUUCAACUGUGUCCACAUCUAGAAUAUAUCAACGCGACUCAAGAAAAAACUCUUGGAAAUCAACUGCUACAAAGAAAGAGAUGUCUUUACUCAAUGUUGUCGCCAGAUCUGAAGAUCGAGCAGGUCCAGGACGAAGACCGCGCCGUUUGGAAGAACCUAGAACUCAUCGAAAUCGCAGGGAAUCAAGACGACCCGAAUUUGACCGAAGAGGGCCUUACUAUGACAACGAAAAUAGGAAUCGUGCGAGAAACUAUCGUCAUUCUCGUAGCCGAAGUCGUGCUAGUAAUAGCUCUCAUGGGUCCCAGAGAGGAAGGACUCAGAGCCGUAGUCCACGGCUUGAUUAUUCAAGACGUAGAACUGAUGCCCAUCGGCGACAUUUAAGCAGACGAUCUUCCUCAAGACAUCGUCGGUCUCCUCACCAUAAUGAAUUCAACGACAGACGUAUUCGCUACAGAAGCCCUGUCCGUGAGAGACGUCACAGUAGGGGGAACGAUGGAGCAGCUGUCCAGGAAUUUGAUCAUGGACAAAGACAACAACCCUUGGCAAUCAGAGGUGGUGCACCUCCGCUACCUCCGCUACCUCCACAACCUGCUGAAGCACGGGCAAUGAUGCCUUACCAUCAAAGGCCGGGUGUAGCCGCAGACUUUCUAAACGAAUUGAGGGAACGAAAUUUGAUUUGUAUUGCGCCGGCAGAUAUAUUACAACAACCAGGGCCAAACCUUCCUCCUCAGCCGCCAAUGGUAGAGCGGCCAUAUCCACCACAUCCUUUGGGUCUGCAAAUUCCAAUUGAUUGGGACCGCUACCCCCAAUUUCCACCAUACGUACCACCAUUCCCGCCUGGAAUAUUCAGAGGACCCGUAAUGCCUAGAGGACGUGGACGAUGGUUCCCUCGCGGAGGACGUGGAGGACUCAAUUACUGAUUAGGUGGACGUCAGUGGGGGAAAAUUAUUAUUCGUCAUUUUGUAUAGAACAGGACGCCAGUGCGAAAAAUUUCCCCCAGCAAAACCAAUUAGAGCAGAAGGCACCGCUCAAUGAACAGCCAAAAUAAAAUUACUGAGAAUAAGCGAUAAGAUAUUCUUGUAACCGUUAACGCAUACGUAGUCUUUGGUAUUUAGCUAUGUAGUCGAUAUUUUGCAAUAUAUUUUUGAAAUUUUUAAUUUUUCAAAGUAAUUAUCGUAUACUUAUAAAUGUUUCAUUUUUCUAAAAUGAAAGGUUUGAUGCGAUUAUAUUUACCACGAUAAUUUCCGUUAAUCGUACAAACAUUGAUGUGCCAUAUAAUUUGAUUUCAUAAUAAUUGUGAUUUUACGUUGCCCUAAAUUCAGAUUCUAUUCUUUAUUAUUCAACAUGCGAUACCACUGACGAAAUAUAAAUAUUACCUACUAUUAAUUACUUAACACUUAAUCUAUGGUUUACUAAAAUUAUAAAUUUUUACAUUUUUAAAAUGUAGCAUGUAGAACAUGAAUCAUGAUAGAUGUAGGCUUGAAACAUAUUACUAAUUACUGACACUGGGAUAAUAUAAA